AUGCAGCCCCGGACACAGCCCCUAGCCCAGGCCCUACCCUUCUCCCUUGGAGGGGCCCUGCAAGAUGCUGGGCUCCGGGUGCCUGUCAUUAAGAUAGGCACAGGGUGGGAGGGCUUACAGCGGACCCUGAAGGAAAUUGCCUAUAUCCUCCUCUGCUGCUGGUGUAUCAAGGAACUGCUGGAUUAA